GGAGGCGUGCGGCGGAGGAGCUGCCAAAGCUUAAACGACGAAGACAUCGCAGAAGUUAAACCUUACACCUCCAUCGCUCUCUCUUCCUCCUCCAAACACACCUCCCGGACUCAAACAAAGACACGGGAAGCAGGCACAACUCGCGUCGGAGCCAAAUGCGUAUGCUCUCAGGUGCGGUGAGCGCAGCGUCUGCGGGGCGGCGGGCGGGAAACUACCUUGUCCGCUGUACGCCUGGCUUAUCGACCUUGCUCGUGCUUGCGCUCAUUCUUUUCGCUCACGACAGUCUGCUGUUCAUCGGGCUCACGUUGGUGCUCCAUGUCUCUGUCGUGUCAUUCACGGUCAGGUCGUGCUAUGGCAUGUAUAUCACCAGCAAGAGGACCGCGCUGGUGGCUGCAGAGAGUGCGAACAGCGCGCCAGGUACGCCAGGCACGAGGAAGAAUGCGAUACUCUGGAGCGACGAAGACGAUUUGGAAAGCACAGGCGCCGAGAGCGAGAAAAGUGCUAUCGUGUGCUGCGAUGCAGGACGCGGUGAUAGCUCAGAUAGCUUAUCAUCUGGCACGGUGUUUGGGAUAGACGACGAACUCCUCCUCCAUGCUAUCUUUCUUCCAAACUAUAAAGAGUCUCUCGAGACCAUGCGCGAGACUUUGAGCAUGCUGGCGUGCCAUGAUCUGGCGCGCAGCUCCUACGAUAUAUACCUGGCGAUGGAAGAACACGAACCGAGCGCGGUCGAGAAAGCGACGACCCUGAUCCGCGACUUUUCGCCCUACUUCCACCGAAUCACAUACACCCUCCACCCGCACUCCCUCCCCGGCGAAGCCCGCGGCAAGUCCUCAAACAUCUCGUGGUCGACGCGCGCCGCGUCCAAGCACUACCGCUCCGAGUCGCGCACAAACGUGGUCUUCACAGUCAUGGACGCCGACACGCAUCUGCUGCCGCAGUACUUUGAGCAGAUCUGCGUCGACUGCGCGACGAACCUCGAGCGCGCGAACACGUUCACGAUGUACGUCCUGCCGAUCGUGUUUGACCGCAACGCGAGCACCGUCUCGCCGAUCGUGCGGUGCGCGGAUAUGCUCUGGUGCGCGGCGGGUAUCUCGGCGCUGUACGAUUGCUCGCAGGUGCGCACGCCGACGUCGGUGUACUCGAUCACGAUGACGCUCGCGCGGUACGUUGGUUUCUGGGAUACCGGGCCUGGCGCGAUCGGCGAGGACCUGCACAUGUACCUCAAGUGCUAUUUCAAGACCUGUGGGCGGCUGCGGUCGGUCUCGGUCUUCAGCCCGGCGAGCCACUGUAACGUCGUGCAUGAGAACUGGAUGCCGCAGCUGAGUGUGCUGGAACGCUGGCGGCUGUCGUCUGUGGCGCGGUUUAUGCAGGCAUGUAGACAUAUGUGGGGGAUAGUUGACUCGGGAUACGCAAUCAAGCAGACGCUCAGGACGCUGACCUUGGCCGGUCGUCAGAACCAGCUGGGCUCGUUUGAGUACUACGACCAGGAUACGGAAAACAGCGAUGCCGAGCUCGGGUCUGACGAGAAACUGCUCUCGAUUGCGUCGAGUGUCAGGUACCCGUCUGCGACGCCGACCGCGUCCUCAUCCGUCCCGGUAUGGCGCACGAUCGUCCUCCUGCACAGACUCUACGAAGCUCAUUUCCUCCCGGUCCACUACUUCAUCGACAUCAUGGCCUGCUCCGUCCUCCCCAUCUUCACCACCGCAAACGACAGCACACACCUCCUCUUCCACGUCCUGCAAUACACAAACUACCUCCGCACCGCCGCCUUCCUCGGCGUCGUCUUCCAACUCUUUCUCUACGAAAAAUUCCACGCAACAGCAAUCCGCCUCCGCCAUAACCUAAUCUCGACCGCGCUCACCUCGCCGGCCUCGCCAGACCUCAUCAAGCGCUCGCUCUCACAGGUGGGUUUUGCGCCUCGCGGAGGACCUGCUUAUCUGCUUGAUUACGUCCUCUUUCCGGUCGCGGGCACGGUGUUUGGCGCGGUGCCGGCGAUUAAGGCGCAGAUCAUGCAGUUGUGGAGUACCGAGUUUGUGUAUCGCGUGUCGUCGAAGCCGCGGGCGCAGUAGUAGAUUAGAUUCUUGACUGUAUAUAGAUUGUGUUUGUGUAUUUUUAGAACGCUUUUGGAUUUAUUGUUUGUGUUUGCACUCGGGUUCGGUUUAGGAGUGAUAGAGUGCUCUGGCGAAGCAGAUACAACUACACAGACUACUGCAUAAUGUUUAAUAGGAAACG